GAAAGUGGUGGUUUUCUAAGCAACUUUCGACGUUUUAGGGUAUCGGAAUUUUUUUAAAUUCUUUGUAUAUUGCGAACAUUUGUUUUUACACCAGCUUCUAUUGCGAUUUGUCUGGCUGUGAGGUGACAAUUCGAUGCAACACGCAAAAUUGAUCUUUUUUGCCGAGGUGCUACCGCUUUUGGCCGCCCGCUACUACGCGCUUUUCCGUAAUUUUCAGGAUCUUUUAAUAAAUUCAUAACCGCUUUACGACUUCUAUUUAAAAAUUUCGCGAUUUCUGCUAUUUUUUUUUUAUGCUCUGCUCUGCUCUUAAGAGCAAUUUUUACCUCUGUGUCAUUGAGCCUUUUUCCUCUACCCAUUUUUGUAGAAAUUUUGUUUAUUAAUUGUUGUUUUUCAAAAUAAAUAUCGCAAUUCUAUUUAGAAAAUUAUACGAUAAUUUUUCAAAACACUAGCUCAUGCUUUAUUGGCGGUUAAACAGCAACUAAACAUAAUUAUGCGAAUUUGUGCUAUCAUUUUGACGCGUCAUAAACAGUUAUUUUCUUUUGUAGUUGUUGCAUUGUUUAAACUAAUGUACCGUUAUGUGCACAAAACCAAGCGGACUGUUGUGACUACAGUUAUUACAGAUACUACAAUGAAAAACAAACUCUUUGCACAUGUUUUGAAGAGAAAAUUUUGAAAAAGUUUAAUUGUGCUAUCUUUUUGUCGCGGACUGUAUACUAAGUUCACGCACUUAGUCCCUGCUCGGGCGCCAUGAAAAUUCUCAAGCGUUUUUGAGAAGCGAAAAUAUAACUUAGGGAAUGCGCGAAUAAAAUAAAGCCUAAUUGCCUGUCGAAAAUAAAUUGCGGUUCAAUUACAAUCACUUCUUUAUUCCAUUUCAUCUAUUCCAUUUCAUCUAAAGGCUUAAACUAGUGGUAAUCUAUAUAUAUAUAUAUAAAUGAAAUGGUGUAUAGUUGUAACGCUAAAACUCGAAAACGGCUGAACCAAAUGAAAUACUUCCUUUGGGGGAUUUGUUUGUUUUUACCACGCGCAGGUCAUGUCUUAAAAUCAGAACAAAAUAUUAAGGGGGCGUGGUACCUCCCAUACAAAUUGAAUUUUUCAAGUCGAAUAUCUUCAAAGGUGUUUAAGGUAGGAACAUGAAAAUUGGUACAAAGCUACAGGAUAAUCACACCACUCUCACCUAUAAAACCGGAGGCUAUCGAAUAAGGGGGCCCGGUACCUCCCAUACAAACUAAAUUUUUUAAGCAGAAUAUCUGUGAAAGGGUUCAAGGUAGGGACCUGAAAAUUGGUAUAGACCUAUAUGGUAUCAAAAGCCUUCUUACACAUAAAAGAAGGGGUAAUCGGAAAAGGGGCCGUGGCACCUCCCAUACAAACUGAAUUUUUCAAGGUGAAUAUCUUCAAAAGUGUAUAAGGUCGGAACAUGAAAAUUGGUAUAGAGCUAUAGGAAACAACACCAUUCUCACCCAUAAAACUUGGCGUUAUCGAAAAAGGGGGCGUGGUACCUCCCAUACAAUCUUUAAUUAUUUUGGUUGUUAAUCCACCAUAUAUUUAUCUCAUUUUCCACGUAGCACGACAUUUUGGUUGUUUCUUGCUAUUUUUGUUUAUUUAUCGGUGACAGUAGCGGUUAUAUCGUAAUUUUGGUUGUGUUACGUGCUAUUUUUGGUUUAUGGAAAUGGCAGUUUUAUGUAACAAACACAAAUUAAAUUAAACGUCAAUUUUGCUUUGCAAUCGAACACGCAAAAUUUAGAGAGCAAUAAAAAUGCGCCUUGCUUUACUGAUAUAUUGAUAUAUUUUGUUUUAAAAAGUGAGUUAUUUAGUGAAAGUGAUUUAGCGUGUUGGCGAAUACUGAUUUAUGUACAUUGGAAUUUAUCAUUCAAUUGAUCUGCUUCCUUAGUUUAAUUCAUUCAUUUUUGGAAUUUUCAAAGGUAAGUUAUUGGUCCGUAAAACCUUAUAUGAACUUUAUGCAAAUGAAUGAUCAUUUCCAAUUAGAUAUUUGUUACGAUGCCAAGAAUCAGUACGUAUGGUAACACUUCUCGGAGUUCCCAGGCCGCAAGGAGAACACGAAAUAGCAGAGCACUUCAAAGGGAAAGUGUUAUUGAGAGGGUAUUACCACGAAAUAGACUGCUGGAGAAUAGCACGCACCAGUUAGAAGAUGUCAACCAAAUAUACAAUCAGCAAGAACGGUUGAGAAGAAGGGAAGUUCACAAUCAGCAACAACGAUCGAGAAGAAGGGUAGUUCGUGCUCGCCAAAGUGAUGAAGUAAGAUCACAACAUGCGAUUAUUCGACGACAACAGCGGCAACAUCUUUCUUUUGUGAUCAUUGAACGGGCUGGUUUUCGAUAUGAUCCAAACAUUCAAUAUAGCGCAUCUGUUCAAAUCGGUCAGAUGUCAGUAGUUUGUCAAUAUUGCAAUGCAGUCAAAUUAAAAAUUAACCGCCAGGGUUAUGUUGCGCCGGGGGAAAUGUUAAGUUGCCAGAAUUGCUUCCACCACCACAGCCAUUGUUCCAGCUGCUUUACGGUGAAUCUCCUCACUCGAGCCAUUUCUUAAAGCACACUAAAAUGUACAACGAUUGUUUUCAAAUGACGUCGUUUGGCGGUGAAAUUGUAAAUGAACAAAACUACAAUCCAACGUUUAAGGUUCAUGGGCAAAUUUUUCAUCUCGCUGGAUCGCUGUUGCCGCAUCCAGAUCAAGAACACAAAUAUCUCCAAAUUUACUUUCUGGGAGGUUCACAUGAUGAAGUAUAUCGGCGCUGUGCUAUCUUCAAUACAACGAAAAGAGAAAUAAUUGAACAAUUGCAGCAAAUGUUACACGAACACCAUGGCCUCAUUAAACUGUUUACGAUUUCGUUUGAACGUAUGCCAACAGAUGAUCAUUGUAUAAUCAUACAAGCGGACAAAAGACCAACAGGGACACAUGAAAGACAAUAUAAUGCACCUACAAUUAGCAAAACAUCAGUUGUUGUUGGAGAAAAUUUGCAGUCGCGUGAUAUUGUUAUCAAACGUAGAAAUCAAAACGCACUAAAACGGAUAAGUGAGACACAUCGGUCUUACGACGCAAUGCAAUAUCCGCUCAUGUUCUGCCGUAGAGAAGACGGAUAUCACUUAGGAUAUAAGAUGAUAAAUCCGGUGAAUGGUUAGUAAAAAAAAAUUUUUGUUUGCUACUUCAUAUAGGUAAUUUAAGCUUUUAGGUGUCGAGACAAAUAAAAAAGUCAGUUCAAUGAAGUUUUACGCAUAUCGAAUGAUGAUUCGCCAAAACUAUGACAACCAUUUACUGAGAUAUGGACGGUUAUUUCAACAGUAUGCAGUUGACUUGUAUGUUAAAGUUGAGACAGAACGACUUAAUUACAUGCAAUACAAUCAGUCGAAGUUGCGAUCUGAAGAGUAUAUUCACUUAAAAGAUGCAAUGAAUGGUGAUGCGGAUAUUACAGAUAUUGGUCGACUCUAUAUUUUGCCAUCGACAUACAUUGGCAGUCCUAGACGCAUGCAUGAGUACAAUCCGAAAUGGCCAGACAUUACGAAUCUAUUGCAUCCCGGUCAAUCACCAAGCGAUCGCCACAACGUUACAGCACGCGUGUUUAAACAAAAACUCAGAUGUUUGAUGGACUUUAUUACGCAACAACGUGUAUAUGGCACUGUUCGAUGCUGGAUGUACUCAGUGGAGUGGCAGAAGAGAAGUUUGUCCCACGCACACAUUCUUCUUUGGAUGGUGGAGAAAAUUACACCUGACCAAAUUGAUGACAUCAUUUCCGCCGAAAUUCCUGAUGUUGAAGUAGAUCCAGAGUUGCACGAAGUGGUGAUGGCCAAUAUGGUUCAUGGGCCAUGCGGAGAACACGAUCCAUCUUCGGUUUGUAUGUCGGACAGUAAAUGAAAAAACGCUAUCCCCGUGCUUUUAUUUCGGAAACUCAAACUGGAAACGACGGAUACCCUCUCUAUCGGCGUCGCUCACCCGCUAACAAUGGCAGAACAUUCAUCACUCAAUUGAAAGGAAAGAAUUUCGUGGUUGAUAACACAUGGAUCGUUCCAUAUUCGCCAAUUUUGCCUAAGGCAUUCAAAACACAUAUAAAUGUUGAGUAUUGCAGUUCAAUAAAAUCAAUUAAGUAUGCUUGCAAAUAUGUCACCAAAGGAAGCGAUAUGGCGGUUAUUGGCGUUGAACGAGAUGAAAUUAGCAAAUUUCAAAUGGGCAGAUAUGUGAACUGCUAUGAAGCAAUCUGGAGAAUAUUUUCAUUUGCAAUUCAUGAACGCCAUCCCAAUGUCGUGCAUCUGGCAACUCAUUUGGAGAAUGGCCAGCGAGUUUAUUUCAACGCAGAGAACAUAGUACAGCGAACGGAAAUACCACCAGCAACCACUUUAACAAGUUUCUUUGCAACUUGCGCCAGUGAUCCGUUCGCGAGAACAUUGCUUUACUCGGAGAUGCCUCGGUAUUAUACAUGGAAUGCAUCGUCGAAGAAAUGGUUGCGCAGGAAGAACGGCGAUCCGGUAGAUGGGUAUCCAGGUGUUUUUCAACUGAUACAUUGGGAAGAAUUUACACAAUCCAUCCAAAGAACGAUGAUUGCUUUUACUUACGUUUGCUUUUGAUUAAUGUAUGCGGUUCAACUUCAUUUGAAUCAUUGAGGACUGUAGAUGGUACCAUUUGUGUAACAUUUCGAGAAGCAUGUCAACAAUUGCAAUUGCUUGAACACGACAGUCACUGGAAUCAAACGCUAGCGGAUGCAAUAGCUUCUUCACCAACCACUGCAGUUCGUACACUUUUCGCUAUUAUAAUUUCGACAUGUCAGCCUUCAAACCCGCGUCUAUUAUGGGAUGCGUACAAAGAUGACAUGGCAGAAGAUAUUUUGCAUCGCCUGCGAUUAGCAACGAGAAAUGUCGACUUACAAAUGAACGCUGACAUCUACAAUGAAGCAUUAGUCCUUAUUGAAGAUUUAUGUUUACUUAUGUGUGAAAAACUAUUGAUUGAAGUUCAUAUGCCGGCACCAAGUCGUCAAACAAGGGAUUUAGUGAGUCGCGAAUUGGAACGCGAGCGUGCUUACGAUAUAAUUCACUUGCAACAACAAGUACAAACAAAUGUUCCACUGUUGAAGGAACAGCAAAGCAGUGCAUACAAUCAGCUAAUAAAUGCUGUAGAUAGUGGAAACGGCGGCAUAUUUUUCCUCGAUGCGCCCGGUGGGACUGGCAAAACGUUCCUAUUGUCUUCAAUACUAGCAGCAAUAUGUGGUCAAGGUGGUAUUGCAUUAGCUCUUGCAUCUACCGGGAUUGCUGCAACACUGUUAGAAGGUGGAAGAACGGCACAUUCAGUAUUAAAGCUUCCAUUAAACUUGCAAAUACACGAAAGUCCUGUUUGCAAUAUUUCAAAGCAAUCAGCAAUGGCACAAGUGUUAAAAAAAUGUAAGUUAAUCAUAUGGGAUGAAUGCACAAUGGCCCACAAACGAUCAUUAGAAGCACUCGACCGAACACUGAGAGAUUUGCGCAACAAUAAUCGUUGCUUUGGAGGAGUGAUGAUAUUGCUGUCGGGCGACUUUAGACAAACACUUCCCGUGAUUCCAAAAUCAACAGCGGCGGAUGAGCUAAACACAUGUCUGAAGUUAUCGCAUUUGUGGAGGUUUGUUAAAACCAUUUCAUUGACCAUGAAUAUGCGAGUUUUGCUGCAAAACGAUAGAACUGCGGAGGUUUUUUUAAAAGAGCUGCUGCAAAUCGGAAAUGGACAAGUUCCGAUAGAUCCUUCAGUGGAUUAAUAUCGAUUCCAACUACGAUUUGCCAAUUCACAUCUAAUAAAUAUGAACUAUAUAUAUAAAUAUAUAAAUAUCCAAAUAUUGCUCAAAAUUAUGGUAACUACGAUUGGUUAAGCACGCGCGCAAUUUUAGCAGCAAAAAAUAUGGAUGUCAACGACUUGAAUUGGACGAUUAAAAAUCAAAUUCCGGAGAUCUGCGGUCAUAUAAAUCAAUCGAUCGCGUUGAAAAUGAAGACGAGGUAGUAAAUUACCCAGUGGAGUUCUUAAACUCUUUGAUGCCGCCUGGAAUGUCGCCUCAUAAUUUGCGUCUCAAAGUUGGGUCUGUAGUUAUUAUGCUACGGAAUCUUCAUGCUCCCAAACUGUGUAAUAGUACUCGACUGAUUGUGACCAAGCUAAUGGACAAUUUAAAAGUGGCAAGCAUUUUGAAAGGCCCGUUCAAGGGAGAGGAAAGCUUACUUCCCCGAAUUCCAUUAACUUCAACAGAUUUGCCAUUCCAAUUCAGACGUUUUCAGUUCCCAGUGAAACUUGCAUUUGCGAUGACAAUAAACAAGUCACAAGGGCAGUCGCUGGAAGUAUGCGGCAUAAAUUUAGAAAUGUCUUGCUUUUCACAUGGCCAGCUCUAUGUGGCGUGUUCCCGUGUUGGAAAACCUUCCUCACUUAUUUACGCCGCGGAACAGAAAUAUGUACUAAAAUUAUAUAUUUUCGAGACUCGAUUAAAACUAAUAAAAUUGAAUGAGAAUAGUACAAACUUAAUUUUAUUAAAUUGUCAACAAAUCCUGGACGCGAUGUGUCAGCAUUAUUGAAAAGAGUAGCAUUUUUCAAGCAAUUAAAUCAAAAAGCAUUAAUGUACCCUCGAAAAAAAGGUUUAUCAGGCAGGUUCUGGCAAUUCACUUCCGAGUAAAAUUUGUAAAAAUUUUGUCAAAUUAGGUACAGAAGGUAUUUUCCACAAAAUUUCACUCGGAAGUAAAUUGCAGAACCUGCCUGUAUAUCACGUUUUUUUAUUUAAAUAUUUUAUCAAAAACAGUUCAAAAAACUCAGCAAUAAAGUUUUCUUCACUAUUUUUCAAUAUCGGGAAUUUGUCAAGGACAAAAAAGGCGGU